UGUUUAAUAUCUAUUGACGUAUAAAAGAUUAUUAUGAAAUCUUAUUUCCUAAUAUAGUAAUAUAUCUAAUGAUACGAGACCAAGUAAAAUUAUACUAAAAUUAAAAUUACAUUAAUACUCUUAGUCAUUUCUACUUAUAAAAAAGUAACAGAUUAUAAACUCAACAAUAUAUAAUGAACUUCCUAUAUUACGUUUAUUACUAAGUCACGUUUAAAUCACGUUUCUCUCGAGUAUUUUUUGAUAUUUUUGUAUGACAAUACUUUGAUAUGCAGGGUCAUUCAAUUGACCUGGAGAGAGGAGAAACUCAGAUAACCAAGGAACUUCCAAUCAAUUACAAAAUAUUAAAUGGAGGCUUUAGGAGCCUAUCCCGUAUUAAAAUCUUUUCUUGCUGGCUCAUUUUCUGGUACUUUUUCAACAAUUCUAUUUCAACCAUUGGAUUUAAUUAAAACUAGAUUACAAAGCAGAGUCAAUACUCAUGUUGAACCAACAAGAAAUGGGAUGCUAACAACAAUUGUACAUAUAAUAAAAAAAGAAAAUAUAUUUGGAUUAUGGCGUGGUAUGACACCAUCUAUAACUAGAGUCAUCCCUGGUGUUGGACUCUACUUUUCCUCUUUGGAUUGGUUAAAGCAUACAUUACAGCUAGAAGAACCACUAACACCUCUACAAGCUAUAUCGUUAGGUAUUACGGCUCGGUCUAUGUCUGGUGGUUUAUUAAUCCCAAUUACUGUUGUUAAAACGCGGUUUGAGAGCGGCGUUUAUAAAUAUAAUAGCGUUGCAGAAGCUUUAAGGCUUAUAUAUAGCCAAGAAGGUAUUAAAGGCCUGUCCAGUGGCCUAGUACCAACAUUACUUCGCGAUGCACCAUACAGUGGUCUUUAUCUAUUAUUUUAUACACAAUUAAAACAAGUAGCUGCUCAUACAGAGCUCGUUCAUCAGAAUGCCUCUGUACCAGUGCACUUCAGCUGUGGGGUUUUAGCAGGAAUUUUUGCUGCUAUUGUAACGCAUCCACCAGAUGUUAUUAAAACGAAGAUGCAACUUUAUCCGAAUGAAUUUAAAACUAUUUACAGUGCCACUUAUAUUGUAUAUAAAAAAUAUGGAAUUUUAGGAUAUUUUAAAGGAAUUGUACCUAGAAUGUUAAGAAGAACACUAAUGACUACGAUGGCUUGGACUGUUUAUGAACAGAUUACACGAAGCAUUGGGUUAAAAUAAAAUUUAAUAAAUUAUGUUGAUUGGUAUAAAUAGAAAAUUUUAUACCAUGUGAACAAUUAUUUAUAUACAGUAUUAGAAAGAUGCAACGUAUUGCUCAUUGUAUUAUCAAUAUUUGUAUUUAUUUAAUAAAUUAUAUAUUUUUAUAGA